UUCAAAAAUGCUCAAAAAUAUAUGGUUUAUAGCCACAUUGUGUACCACUGCCAAAAGUUUUUAUGACAAAAUGCAGUGUGCGAAUUGUUCAAGUAUCAACUUGGGCUGCGAUAUAGUGACAACUGGAUGGAGUUGUGAAUUUGAACUCGAUGCCCAGAAGUUGGAAUUUAAUUUAAAUUCGACAGAAAUGCCAGCGUUUUUGGAGCCUUGCGUGCUGCCCGGAAUAAGUUUUAUAAGACAGAAGGCCAUUAUGGGGUAUUGCUGCUUUUGGUCACCAGAAAUGGGAUGUCAAAAACUCAAUAGAAUGGAUCUAGAUUUAGAAAGUAAAGAUCGAUGUCAUAGUUGCUCCCGGACAGUUUGGUCAUCGAUUAUGGAAAAUAGAACGUGUCCAUGUGGUAGCUGGUUUCUUGACACAGAAGACGGCGCUGUAAGACUUAAGAUUGAGGAUUCUAUGUUAAUAUGGGUAUCAUUAUGUACGUUACAAUUUCUUGUUGUCUAA